GGCCCCUACUGACUACCGGCAUGUUUAAUAAGAUAAAGACCACGGCGUCCACCACAAGCUAGACAUCUUGGAGAUUUACAUCCUCUUAACACUUAACAAACUCCGUGUCUUCAUGUCCUCAUGAGGCGGAAAAUUAUUUUUAGCUGUACUAAAGGUCGCUGAAGAUGCUCUGUCUCGGUUCUCUAUCCGAUUCACUGCUUAACGCUAGCUACCUGGCUAAUAUGUGACUCGCUAGCUUGAUGCUACGUAUGCGUUUAUUAUUAUUAUUAUUAUUAUUAUUAUUAUUAUUAUUAUUUUAAUAGACAAUAACAUUGUUAAUGCAUUAGACCGUCCAGAUAUAACGUUAUCUCAGGUGCUAAAUGUUUUUCGUAACAUUUAUGUGAAGAACCGUUGCGGGGAAUCCGUGCUAGGUGCUAUGCUGUUAGCAACCUAGCUAACCAGCUAACAACACCGAGCGCUUCCGUGUCGUCAUCAAACCGGAAGUUUGAAAACCCGCAGACUGAGGUGAGGGCAUGGCGACGGUGUCCGUCAGAGGUGUGUAUUUCAUCCUCACGCUCUUCCUGGGCAGUUUUUUCGGCAGCGUGUUCAUGUUGGGUCCGGUGCUGCCCGUCAUGUUCUUGUCUCCGGCCUGGUACCGCUGGCUUACGGACCGCAUCGUGGCCACCUGGUUCACCCUGCCCGUGGCUCUGUUGGAGCUCGUGUUCGGGGUGAAGGUGAUCAUCACGGGUGACGGGUUUGUUCCCGGCGAGCGCAGCGUGAUCAUCAUGAACCACCGCACACGCCUGGACUGGAUGUUCCUCUGGUGCUGCCUGCUGAGGCACAGCUACCUCCGUCUGGAGAAGAUCUGCCUCAAAGCAGCUCUCAAAGCCGUGCCGGGUUUCGGCUGGGCGAUGCAGGUGGCUUCAUUCAUCUUCAUCCAUCGCAAGUGGGAGGAGGAUCAGAUUCACCUGACCAAUAUGCUGAAGUACUUCUGUGAUAUCAGGCAACCACUGCAGCUAUUGAUUUUUCCUGAGGGCACUGACCUCACCGCUAACACUCGCGCCAGGAGUGACAAGUACGCGGAGAAGAACGGCCUGCCGAAGUACGAGUACGUUCUGCACCCACGGACCACCGGCUUCACCUUCAUCGUGGAAGAGCUCCGCAAAGGGGACAAUCUGGACGCGCUGCACGACAUCACCGUAGCAUACCCGCACAGCGCCCCUCAGACAGAGCGCCACCUGCUGGCCGGCACCUUCCCACGCCAGAUCCACUUCCACGUGCGCCGCUACCCGGUGUGCUCUCUGCCUGAGGAGACCGCCGCCCUCCAGGCCUGGUGCCAGGAGCGCUGGGCGGAGAAAGAGGAGCGCCUGCGCGCGUUUUACAGCUCUCAGCGCUUCGACGAAGCCGACGCCCGCGUACCGCCCUGCAAGAGCGAGCUGAGGGUGACGCUGAUCAAAGCCGCGUCGCUGUGCUACUGGAACGCCUUCAUCGCCUUUUCCUUUCUGGGACUCUGGCUCUGGACGCCAUUGCGCAUCUACUUCCUGGCGGUGCUGAGCUUCUUCCUGGUUCAGCAAAAGGUGAUGGGCGGGGUCGAGCUGAUCGAGCUGGCGUGUCAUCAACGCCUGAAAAGAAUGAAUGAUGGGGCCGGAAAAAAGAAAGACUGAGAGGUCUGUCCGGUCUCUCAUUAUCGCUCUCUCUCUCUCACUCGCUCUCUUUCUUCUUCACUGAGCAGGAACUGGAGCCCCCUUCUGGACCCAAGUGUGUACUGCACAGUGAACACAACAGCUAGGAAGGGAGGAAGGGAUAAAGGAGGAGUGUGCAUGAUUCCUAGCUGCCUGAAAUAGGAUGAACUUAAUCUUCAGUGCUGGAAAUGUAUCGUUUUACAAUUUUCACUGUGUAUAAGGAGUGGAAUAUGUGUGUGUGUGUGUGUGUGUGUGUAUAUAUAUAUAUAUAUAUAUGUGCGUGUGUGUGUGUACACGCACAUUUUUAUCCAUUGGAGUUCCACCCACAUCUGUAUUUAAUUUUAUGUGUUCGUAUAUUUAUCUAUAUUUUCCCUCUUGUUAAAGGUUUUGGUUCUUGUGCAUUUUUACCGCGACUAUUCCAAAAAUGUAUUUUAGUAACGUUUGCUUAUUUUUCUCUUUUAUUUAUUCGUUUUCUAAUUAUCGACUCAUAGCACAUAGCUGGGACUGAUUUAUUCACCUUCGUCUCCCGAUGUAACCGACCAAAUCAAGGAAAAAACAGCCAAAAGAAAACAAAACGAAGCACUUAUAGUCGUAAGGUGUAUGUAUAUGUUUUUUUUUUUGGGUUUUUUUUCAAAACUGUUCAGAAAAGGAUUCAAAUUUAAACGCUCAUUUCUGCGUCCCAAACGUCGCGAUUAAACGGCGGAGAGGGAGUCCGGCUUUAAACGCUUUUCCCGUGAGGAAAACCCCAUAGGUUUCGGAGAAGAAACGGACUGAGAUUCACGAACUCGUUCUCAAGCACUACAUUUAGUUACGAGUUAAGAAAUUUGCUGUGACGAACAGCAUACAGGACAGCUUAUAUAUACAAAUUGCCUUAAAUAUUGUCUAAAAUGGUUGCUAUAGAAUAUAUAUAUAAUAUAUAUAUAUAUAUAUAUAUAUAUAUAUAUAUAUAUAUAUAUAAAGUCCAGUUUUUACUAUUACGCUUCGGAAAUAUUCGGGAUGACAGACAGCCGUGUAUUUGCAUGUUGCUGCAGUAUGGACUGGUUUGUAAUUUUUUAAACGUCUAUAAUUCGGGCCGAGGGGAAGUUCCGUCCCACAUUUUCUGUGUACGCAGGGCUUUGGGCUUCGACGUAACGGCUCUCGCACCCUAUAUUUCCGAUAAGGAACUGGGAUUCAGCACCUAAUCCUUACCAGUACACUAACGUUAAGAAUGUAUGGAAUACAUUGGCUCGUAUAGACCCUAAGUAGUGCGCUAAAACGUCCAGUCGGGAACACUUUACUCUCUAUGUUGGACAUUUGACCGAUCAGGAGUCCAUCACAUAGGCUGUGAAGUCAUGGCGUCGACACACUGUGUGUCUAGUACUAAUUUAAUCUGAGUAUCGCUCACUGUUCUGUUUAUCAUCACACCUCCAUGCUACGUCCUACUGUACGUAGUGCCCUUGCUUAAUAAAGGUUUAGCACGGGUUAAAGCCAAGCAUUUGGAGGGAACGAAAUACCUAACAGGGGGACGUUAUCCCUAUAGCAAGUAUGUGCAGAAUUAAUUCUAAUCCCUACCUAGCGCAUAUUUUGGGAUUGAGGUAUUUCCAUACAUCGUUAAGGAAUAAUGGCUACUGCAUAGUGAACUAAUAUGGAGUACAGGGAGCACAUUCCCUGUAUAACUUAUUGGUCUAUAAGGAUAUUUAGUGCCCUAAAUUUGGUAAGGUGGCGUGUUUGGGACGGGGCUCACGCACAACGCGAUGCUUGGUCGUGGUGAAGCGUUUGUGAGGGAGGUUUCCGAGUCUGUGUCUCAUCUCUGUGUGACGACUGAGAGGAUUUUAUAGGAUGGUUUUACAGGGUAAAACACACACACACACACCCCUUUUAAUUUCCCUGCUAUCCAUCAAUUAGUGUAUGUGACCAAUCCAUUCAUGUAGCUCGUUUUGUUUUGUUUUGUGUGUGUGUGUGUGUGUGUGUGUGUGUGUGAGACAGUAACUCAGUACUGGUCUUAUGUUAUCCUCAUGCAGGAAAACAAAGAGCGUAAUUCUUCUCGAUUAAGACGGAUUGAUAAAGUUUACAUGUUUUACCAGUCGCAGCACAUUUACAGCCAAAUCCAGCCACUGUGAUGAAGAAUGUUCUAUUCGUACGCGUCGCCUGAUAUUAUUUCUCGCUUCCUGCUUUGAUACACACCAGGGCCCGACUGAUAGACUUUAAGGAGCUGAAAAUGCAAGUACUAUCCAUACACCGAUCGUUUCGCUCAAACGCCGAUGAGCAGCCGCGUAAAUAUAGCAAAUAGAGCUGCGACGAGCGAUCGUCGGGGUCCAAGCACUUCUUUGUAAACGCGAAUAACAGUGAGGUUUUUGUGUAAGUUUCAUGUGAAUUGGAUGAACCGUCUAGGGUGAAUUUGAAAGAGUUGCAUGUCAUGCAAAUUAGCUCGGAAUGUAGCUAUGUAUAGCAUCCGAUUAGUCCCAGAACGCACCGUUUAUUCAUAUUCACGGAAUCGGUAGAAAGUAAUUUCGAGAACUCGCAGGUCAGGAUUACAAUAAUGCAGGCUUUCAGUAGCAUGAAUGCUUACUAUACUCUACUCUUACUGUAUUCUGUAUGUAUAGGAGCGUGGGUCCUAACGAUGCCACAGCCGUCCAAUAGAUUAUAAUUACAACUCGCAAAUUAAACGAGUCACCGUUUUCUACCUGCUGUUAGCGGUCAUUCAGUCUCGCUUCAUGUUUAUGAAUGUAGUUUGCCUGUAGGACAUUACAGGUGCAUUAUAGGAUAUAUCGGUCGGGUCCUAAUACACACGUUUGUUCUCUUUUUGUUGUUGUUUUUUUCUUUUCUUUCCCCUCCAUGGUUGUGUCAUGUUUUUGCUUGCGAAACUCAUGCUAUCCUCAGGUUCAGCUACCGUCGUCUUGUUCAUGCUGUCGAGAUCAAUGCUGCAAUAAAUAUCUACCUUUUCA